UUUAAAAAUGGGUAAUCAUCCCAUUUUAAACUUGACCUUUUAAAAUUAAGCAAUAGAACAGUAUAUUUUAAAAGAUGGCUCAAGAUCCAACAACAGAAAGUUCAGGGUAAGUACAAGAGUAAAUUGGAAGACCGGCUGUUCAAGAACUGAGCAGUAUUGCUAGAAGUAUUCUCAAGAAGAAAAUGUAUCUCAAAUGGCAAACACUGAUAAUAAUUUUAUAAUAAAAAAAUGAAACUUAUGAAAAUUAGAUAAUCAGGACUGAACCUGACUCAUCAGAAUUGAACCCAAAGAUAGACAUAGAUUUUUAUCAGCCAAAUUCAAGGUAUUGUUGAAACUAAAGAAUUGAAUAACUGGCAAAUAA